GACCGUUAGAUUUAGAAGAGAUAGAAUAUUUAGAAUACUGAGUAAUACUGCAAUAGAUUUGAGUAUAUAAGAAAAAAUCUUGAGCACAAGAGAUCAGUUAAAGGAAAAUGAUCGUCAGUGUAAGAGUUUUAUUAGUUUGUACUUGCUUAGCGGCCGUUUCGCUGGCAGAACACCACGACUAUGAUUCUGAAAGCCUAGGACGAACUUUGACUUAUCAAACCCCUUUGCCAAAAUGUAUUUGUCCACCAGGACCACCGGGCCCGCCAGGUCCACCAGGCCGACGUGGAGAUCAAGGAUACCCAGGUGAACCGGGAAAAGAUGGACACCCAGGGAAACCAGGCAAACCAGGUCACCAUGGGAUAUCUGGGCCUCCAGGACGACCAGGCCGACCAGGAGCACCAGGCAAACCGGGCAGACGGGGUCAUACAGGGCGUCCAGGUAUACAAGGACCACCAGGUAAUUCAGGAGCUCCAGGCCGCCCAGGUCAACCAGGACCACAGGGUCCUCAAGGAGAACGCGGAAGUCCCGGAAAUAUUGGGUUUCCAGGAAGACGGGGGCCACCCGGCCCGAGAGGGGCUCGUGGCAAUCGUGGGAGCAAUGGACCACAGGGUCCACAAGGUUCACAGGGUCCUGCACGCCCGACACCACUUUUCCAAUUUCCCAACAGUUUACAAGGUUUGAUCCCAAACAAUGAAAUUCUUCCUGCAAAUGAAAUCCUACCAAGACAAGCAUGCCCACCAAACAAACCUUGUUAUUCAAACCCUUCAGAGUCACAAAAGAGGACACAAUCAACAUAUGAACUUAGCGAUGAAGAAUUAAGUAAAAUUUACAAAGGCCGUCGUGCGGGGUAUGUUAGUGAAAGUGUAGCAUCAUAUGAUGAUAGUGACACACGAAAUGAAGAUGAAGAUGAAUAUUAUGACUAAGUGAUUAAGUGUGUAGUUUUACUGUUUACAUAGAGGCAAUUUCAAAUGUUUGGUAUCUCAUUCAAUGGAGUUUUCCCCAUUCAAUCCAAUAAUGUCUUCCAUAACCUUCAAGUUGAAUGAGUACCAAACGUUUCAAAUUUAUUAUGGGGUAUCUGGUGAAAAGAAUUCACAAUACGUACAAGAAAUUAAUGAAAACAAUACGUGAAUAAUGUUGUCUUGUAUCCAAGAUAACCUUUCACAUUAAUAAGUAAUAAUUCAUACAAUUCAUAGUAUUAUUAAUAUGUAUAAUAUCGAAAAGCGGUCAUCUACAUUGCUUAGAAAUAAUUGACUAUAACUUAUAUCAAGUUACAAAUAAAAUGUCUGGU